AUGGUCGCCACAGGAAGUGCAGUGCUCAUUUUAUACUGUAUUGCAAGCUCUGUCAUUACUAUCCAGUUAAACUGCGAAUCAUCACCACCUACACCAACAUUAUGGACUCACGUACGUUACGCAAGCUGUGCAUGUACUGAAGGCCCCACUCGCAAUGGCAAGACAAAAAAGCGCGUUCGCCUCACAGGCACUAUAAAAGCCGUUUGGACCAGCGUACUUGCACUUAUAAUCUCAAUUAUCGACGAUCCUACUAGAACAGAUGUGAUGAGUGCUGGCAUAUUGGAGCAUUAG